AUGUACGGCGAUCUAGCUCUACAAUUGGUCACUGCCUCACAUCGAUCGACGUUAUCCACCACUCCUCAACUACCCUUACCUAAAUAUGCUUUACCGUUAAUCCUAUCGAUAUGUCUCGAGACACGUCAAUUAGGUCAAUCGAUAACUUCAGCAGCUGAGACACAUGGCCAAGUAUCACUAUCGCAAGAUAGAUCGUUAGUUUGUAAUUUGACAGUACAACAUUUAGCUGCACGAAGAAACAAAAGAUGUUUACUAGCAUAUCUUCAAACUAGAAUCGGAGGUAUGAAAGAGAGAUAUUGGGAUGCAGGUGGUGGAUUAGCUUAUUUAUUAACACAACCUUCAAAACAAAAUGUGAACCCAGAUGCUGAUGCACCUGACUUAAGAUCUGCUUUAUCACCACAAGAAUUAGAUUUCCUGAGAGGGUAUAAUAGUUUAAUGCUGGAUUAUAAAUCUGAUUUCUUGGAUGUAUUGGAUUUAACGGCUAGUAUAGAUAAACCACCUGGUGAAUUGAUGGUCGAUGUUAGAGUCUUGAAAGAUGCAGGUGAAGUAGUGUUGGAAGGUGGUGAAAGGAUAGAAUUCAGAAAAGGUGAAAGAUUUAGAUUGGCAAGAAGUGGUGUAGAAAGAUUAAUCAUUCAAGGCUUUUUAGAAGAGGUAUAA